AUGACGUACCGCUUUGAAUUCGAGCGUUACAAUCCCUCCCCCGCCUGCUCUCCCCCAGCAGUUCCCCCCUGGGCUUUGGGGGCGGAGAGGGGGGAUCAGGCGCUACCCUCAAUUCCCCUUGGCCUCACCCCCCGUCCCCUCAACAUGGGGCGCAAGCGCGCAGCCCUCCCCCGCCUUCUCUCCCCCAGCAGCUCCCCCCUGGGCUUUGGGGGCGGAGUGGAUGGGUCCAGCGCAACUUUCAAGAUAGCCCUCCUUGGCCUCGCUGCCUGCCUCUUCUGCCUGCUUAUCCUCGUUAUAAUCUCCUGCUACACUCCCAUCCAUCUCCCAACACUUUCUCAUCCCCCUCCUACCUGCCACACUCCCCACAUUCCCCCCUCUUCAGCCGCACCCUCCCCUGUCCCUCCUCCCCCGCACCGCACCCUCCCCGCUUUCAAAGUCGCCUCUCCCCCUCCCGUUUCUGCUGACGCCUCUCCCCUCUCCCCUUUUGGCUCUCCCAUUUUGCUCUUUCCAUCUCUCUUUCAAAGAGCUUUCAAAGUCGCCUCUCCCCCUCCCGUUUCUGCUGACGCCUCUCCCCUCUCCCCUUUUGGCUCUCCCAUUUUGCUCUUUCCAUCUCUCUUUCAAAGCGCUUUCAAAGUCGCCUCUCCCCCUCCCGUUUCUGCUGACGCCUCUCCCCUCUCCCCUAUUGGCUCUCCCAUUUUGCUCUUUCCAUCUCUCUUUCAAUGCGCUUUCAAAGUCGCCUCUCCCCCUCCCGUUUCUGCUGACGCCUCUCCCCUCUCCCCUUUUGGCUCUCCCAUUUUGCUCUUUCCAUCUCUCUUUCAAAGCGCUUUCAAAGUCGCCUCUCCCCCUCCCGUUUCUGCUGACGCCUCUCCCCUCUCCCCUAUUGGCUCUCCCAUUUUGCUCUUUCCAUCUCUCUUUCAAAGCGCUUUCAAAGUCGCCUCUCCCCCUCCCGUUUCUGCUGACGCCUCUCCCCUCUCCCCUUUUGGCUCUCCCAUUUUGCUCUUUCCAUCUCUCUUUCAAAGCGCUUUCAAAGUCGCCUCUCCCCCUCCCGUUUCUGCUGACGCCUCUCCCCUCUCCCCUAUUGGCUCUCCCAUUUUGCUCUUUCCAUCUCUCUUUCAAAGCGCUUUCAAAGUCGCCUCUCCCCCUUCCGUUUCUACUGACGCCUCUCUCCUCUCCCCUUUUGGCUCUCCCAUUUUGCUCUUUCCAUCUCUCUUUCAAAGCGCUUUCAAAGUUGCCUCUCCCCCUCCCGUUUCAGCUGACGCCUCUCUCCCCUUUGGCCCCCCCAUUUCGCCCUGCCAGCUCAUCAGCAUGAGGUGGUCAUCUGCUGACGUGGCCGCCAGCCUGGCAGCGCGAGAGCCACUCACUGCGGAGGCGCUGAGAGGGAGAAAGGCGCAUCCUGGCAAGGUCAUGGAUGAACAAGGCAUGGUGGUGGUAGUAAGUGCUCUAUUCAUCUCGUAUUCCUUUCCUCCAUCCCCUCCCCCUGCCCCCUCGCUCGGCCCUUUUCUCCUCUCCUUGCAGCUGCGGAGGCGCUGA